AUGGAACGAUUAGAGGCCAACCCAGUUCCUCCAAAGGCGAACGAACUCCCCGAGGCCGUGGGGUCAAGGAUGCUUACCCAGAAAUCGAGUAAACCGACUGCUUUUUCUUCACGGGGCCGCCGUGGUACUAUCGAACGAUCAGAGGCAAACCCGAUUCCUUCAAAGGCAAACGAUCUCCCCAAGUCCUUGGUGUCAAUGACUGAUCAAGCACUUGAGGAACAUAUCAUCUCGCGUUCCAUUGAUUUGUAUCGUGACCAGCCGAAGGACCUCCAAGUCAACGCGGUCUCCUCGCUUGUUCGAGGUAAACAUACAUUCGUUCGAGUCGGGACGGGGUUCGGUAAGACCAGGAUUUCUGAAAUGUACUUCGGCCUGUUUGAAAAAAAGGUAGUGGUUCUUGUUUUGAAUCCCUUGGACUCGUUGGGUGAUGACCAGGUUCGAGAGAAGAAACUUGUAAAUAUAAGUGCAAUCAACCUCAACAAGAUGACUCUGAACCUCAACACCGUCCAAAAGAUCAAGCAAGGUGCCUUCAGUUUUAGCCCUGAAGUCUUCCUGAACAGCUCCCUCUUCACAGAACUCUUUUUCAGUGAGGAAUUUCAAGAUAUACUAUCAUUGGUCGUGGUGGACGAGGCUCACAUGAUCUACCUUUGGGGUCUGCUCGCAUCAAGACAAAGUAAAUCAUUGAUAAUAUUUGCUCGGCUGGAAGAUCAGGCAGUUUUCCGACCCGGUUAUGGCCACUUGGGGACAAGGCUCAUGGCAACCAACAACAUUCCUGUCCUCCUGCUCUCAGCAACAUGUCGACCUGUGGCCAUGUCAGCAAUCACAAGAAGCCUUAUGCUACAGCCGAGUGAUAUAAACAUGAUUGAUGGGGAACUUACACGCCCAGAGAUUCGCCUGAUUCGCAUAUCAAUGGGGUCAACACUAAGCUCAUGUGACGAUCUACUUCGUAUUUUUGCGCCUUUCUCUGUUACCUCUGCUGCCGAUUCGGUACCCAUGAUUAUCUACUCUGGCACCCGAAAUCGAACAUUCCAGGUGAUGAAAGUUGUCAACGAGGCACGAGCGACCCCUUAUCACCAGUAUGACCCAAACGACCGGUUUAUCCGCCGAUACCACUCGGUCACCAGUGAUGAUGACAAGGCUCGCACAAUGGAAGACUUUGGGGCAGGGAAGGUCCCUGUGAUUUCGGCAACAAUGGCGUUGGGGCUUGGCCAGAAUCUUAAACGGGUACGAUGUGUAAUACACAUGGGCCGAGGCGACCCGGCGGCUAUUGGACAGAUGGUUGGGCGAUGCGGGAGAGAUGGGAAUGUUGGGCUUGGGUUGUUGUUCAUGGAACCCACGCGGAAGAAUGGCCGGAAUGCGGCCUCAGAUUUUGAUAUGGAGUUGGAACAAGACGAUGACUCACGGAUGGAUGCUUUGGCUGUGACAAACGUGUGCUUGCGGAUAGCCCUGAAUUUGGAUAACAAGCUAGGUUAUAUCCCCCUCGAUCUGGGCGACCCCAAAGUGGUACAAGAGAGGAAACGUGAGGAGGGGCUGGGUUUUGCCAAGUGCAAAUGCUCAAACUGUGCACCAGAAGAGGCCAGAGUGCUUGUGAAUGUGAUGCAGCAGCUGACCGUGGCCAACUUUGACUCUGUUAUGAACGACCCAUCAUCAAUCACAAAGGACCCUAACAUAGUGACUAUGACCCGAAAAAGGAGAAAAAACAGGCCCAAGGGGACAUGCAACUAUCCCAAACACGUGGCCGAGGAUCUGGUGAAUCAUUUGAUACAUAGCUUUGACGAGUUUUACUUUGCUUACUUGGGGCCAAGAGCCGAAUUCCCUCCGUCGGUCUUCUUUGGUCGGACGCAAGCUUUGGCAAUUGUUGACUCAAUUGAUCAGAUUCACUCAAAUGGUGCGAACAACCUGACCCUUUUGGAAACAGUGAUUGGCGGGCAGACUUUCUCAGGACAGAUUGAUGCCCUUGGCAUGGCUAUGAUCAUAUGGACUAAUGGCGAAUACUAUCAACUUCACCUCCGCAACAUCUCUGAGCUUGACCGAUUUAUCGAGGCCGAGGGCGUACGUGUGCGUGAGGAGAUGGCGGCAGAGCUAUUGGGUCUUCAAGUUGCGGUGGCCACUCGGAGGCAGGCGGACAAGGAGGCCAAGAUGCUUCAGAAAGCUCAAGCGAAAGAGGUUGCUGCCGCGGCCAGAACCGCUGCUCGCAUGCUCAGGGCCAGUGACGAGGCGGUAGAGAGGGCCCGAUUACAUAGCGAGAAGGCCGCCUACAAGGCAAGUAAGGAAGAAGAAAAAUUGGCCAGACUUAAGGUUGAGGCUGACGCACGGGCUGCAUUGAAGGCCGCGACCAAGGCUCAAAAGGAUGCGGAACGGGCGGCUGAGAAGGCACAUCGGCUCGGACUCAAGGUACCCAAGAUGAAGAAAUCACCUCUAGGCCGCGCAAAAGUCAAGUUGGCUCGACAAGCCCAAAUGGCUCAAAACCGCGCGGGUCGGAAUAAAAAUCCUUUGGGGGAAAUCAUUACUGAAGAUACAAGGAUGGAUGAUGGAAUGGUCGUAACAGUUGAAGAGGCGCCCGAGGUAACAUAUGGUUUACCUGCUGAACUGCAAACAGAAGCCCAGGACAGCGUGGGGCCAUCUGGAUCCCUAGUGAACAACAAACUUUCCAACAAUCACAGCCCCCCAAGUGACAGCCACAAGGCGUCUGAUGGCCCUGGAAAACUCGCCAACUCAGUUAUAGUCCGACGGAACAUCCAGGCAGUCCUUGUGGGGCCUAAAGGAGCCAGACACUCGCAUCCAAGAGUCCAGACAAGGAAUCAGCACAAUGUCUCAAAAAUCCUACGUGAAGGACACAACAGUUCGUCCACGGAGGCGUCACGCUAUGAAAUGUUGAGGGGAGGAUGA